AUGGCCGUACCGCUCACGCAAUUUCUGCUGUUUGUCCAGGUCAUGGGGCGUUGUGCUCCAUCUCCGCUGCAUCGAGUGAACAACGGAAGCGCCAUGCAUCCGUCAUCAUCCACCGGCCCGGAUUUCGACUUCGACGACUCUGCUCAUGGAACAUGUCCACCGUCUGAAUUUGGCCAAUGCCUAGUGUCAAGCUACGAACAUUGGGACGACAGCCGGCAUGCAUACGGUGUACAAAAGGCGCAGCGAGUCAGUGACGACUUGGGGCGUGGAGCCGGCACGAUCAUGGCCGUACCGCUCACGCAAUUUCUGCUGUUUGUCCAGGUUGGUGACAAUCUUACUAGUCGUUCAAGAUUUUAUGUUUUUCUGUUGCCGGUUCCACCCCAUGUCGUCUUUGCUACUGCUAAGUCACGGAAUGUCACUUGCCGCGUGCGGCGACGAUUUGUGCUGAUGCGUAGUUAUGCUUUUUAUUUUUUAUUGUUGCUACUAUGCGGAGACAUCCAGUUGAAUCCCAGUCCUGAUACGGCGGCCACUUUACAGAUACUUUUAGAUGGGCAGAAUGCCAUUAGAGCUAAGCUUCAAACUAUCGAAACUAAUCAAGAGCAAAGCAAGGCGACCCUGGAUGACCUAAAAACACGCAUAGAAUCAUUGGAACAGCAUCUGGCCCAGUUCAGUGAAAUGAAAGCAGCAGUCACGGAUUGCAGGAAACAGUGUGAGGACACGCAUAGCGUAGUAAGAAAUCUAACCGCUAAAGUAGACGAUCUGGAAAAUCGAAGCCGGCGUUGCAAUUUAAUUUUUUACGGAGUACCUGACACAGACACCCGAGAGUUACCUGCGGCGUCUGAGAAACGAGUUCAGGAAAUUGUAACUAGACUUGGACUAGAGCCCGUUCAAAUUGAAAGAGCGCACAGGCUUGGUAGAUACUCUAUUGGCAAAGCUCGACCACUUAUCGCAAAUUUCGCGUUGUUCAAAGAAAAACAGACAAUCUUGUCAAACGCAAAGAAACUAAAAGGUACUAACAUUAGCAUUUCGGAAGAUUUUUCAGAGGCGGUACGCAGAAAAAGAAAACAGCUCUGGGACUUCGCCAAAGAUCACCGUAAUGAUAAUACUCGUGUAAACCUUCGAUAUGAUGCACUGUACUUAAAUGAUACAAGAUACAUAUAUGACGAAGCACUUGGACAAGUUGUUCAGAGUACUUGA